AAGCAGCGUCGCUGUUGAGCUAAAAAUGACGCGGGACGGUAAAAGUCAGGCGGCUUUCUGGUUCCUCGCUGCGGGGCUCCUGUCUGUCUUGAUCGGGCUGGUUUCAGCAGUUCGGCCGCCUCACAUCGUUUUCAUCCUGGCCGAUGACUUGGGCUGGUACGAUGUGGGCUAUCACAGCUCAGAAAUCAGGACGCCAAACCUGGACAAACUGUCGGCUCAGGGGGUCCGCCUGGAGAACUACUAUGUCCAGCCGGUGUGUACCCCAUCCAGGAACCAGCUCAUGACCGGGAGGUACCAGAUCCACACAGGCAUGCAGCACCAGAUCAUCUGGCCCUGCCAGCCAUAUUGUGUCCCUCUGGAUGAGAAACUGCUGCCUCAGCUACUGAAGGAGGCGGGCUACGGCACUCACAUGGUGGGCAAGUGGCACCUGGGCAUGUACAAGAAGGACUGCCUGCCCACGCGCCGCGGCUUCGACACAUACUUUGGUUACCUGACGGGAAGUGAGGACUACUUCACUCACGAGCGUUGCUAUGACAUCGCUCCUCUGAACCUGACGCGCUGCGCGCUGGACCUCAGGGACGGGGAGGAGGUGGCCGCCGCGUAUAAAGGAGACUAUUCCACUGAGCUGUUCAGUCAGAGAGCUGUCAGUGUCAUCAAGAAACACAACUCCAGCAAGCCACUGUUCCUGUACGUGGCCCUGCAGGCGGUUCAUUCACCCCUGCAGGUACCGGAGCGUUACUUGGCCCCCUACAGUUUCAUUGAGGACCGUCAUCGCAGGCUGUACGCCGGCAUGGUGUCGGCCAUGGACGAGGCCGUGGGCAACAUCAGCCUGGCUUUGCAGCAGGAAGGACUUUGGGACAACACGAUCCUCGUGUUCUCCACAGAUAACGGAGGCCAGACGGUGUACGCUGGCAGCAACUGGCCGCUGCGUGGGAGGAAGCUGUCGCUGUGGGAGGGGGGCGUGCGGGCAGUGGGGUUUGUUGCCGGCCCGCUGCUGGAAAAACCCGGAACCGUCAGCCGGGAACUCAUCCACGUCUCCGACUGGCUGCCCACUCUGGUCGGCCUGGCGGGAGGCAGCACCGGCGGCACAAAGCCUCUGGACGGCUUCAACGUGUGGAAGACCAUCAGCAAAGGCUUCGCCUCGCCCAGACAGGAGCUGCUGCACAACAUCGACCCUUUGUAUUCUGACCUCACUCCAUGUCCUGGCAGGCAGAGUCGGUUAACUCUGCCCCGGGGGGUCGCUGAAGACCGCUGGGCCAAGUUUGGCUUCAAUGUGUCCAUUCACGCCGCCAUCCGAUCCUCAAACUGGAAGCUGCUGACUGGAUACCCAGGCUGCGAGGUUUGGUUCCCCCGACCUGGCCACAACGGGUCAGACUCUGAGGUCCCUAAGCUCGGCCCGCUGAAGCCCAUCAUGCUGUUCGACGUGGAAAAAGAUCCAGAGGAGAGGAACGAGGUGUCGGCCCAGUUCCCUGACGUGGUGGAUUACCUCCUCACCAGACUCCAAGAGCACCAGAAAACCGCGCUGCCCAUAAACUACCCCGACGACGACCCCCAGUGUGACCCGGGCCCCACCGGAGCCUGGGGGCCGUGGGCUUAGAUGGAGACAACAUGGAGGCAUUAUGAAGGAUUCUAUUUGCACAUGGUUCAUUUUACCUGUGAAUGUUAACAGCAGUUAACAUUAAUAAUGUUUUUAUGAACUUUUUUAUUUUUCCUUUUGUUUUACAUUUCUGACAUCCGUACAACAUGACAUGUCUAAAGCCGUUUUCGCACUACAAGGAACGGAACGGCACGCUUCGGCCCGGUUCCACCCGUACUGCAGCCCUGUUGUGUUUGCAUAUAACUGAGGGCGGCAUCGAAGCUGUACCUGACAUUAUUAUUUUUUAAACUAAACAAUGGUUGCGAUGUAGCGGCAGAAGCCUUUUCCUUAGAGAUGCGGUGGAAAACKUUCUCUUUCCUCGUUGACCGAUCUAGUUCAUUCUGUACUCGUUCAUCAGCGAGUAAGCGGAGGAAAAAAAAUCCCUCAUCAUGGGACCAGGUAACAGCAGAAUGUUAAAGGGAAUUCAUCGCAAAUGAAAAUUAUUGAAAAGAGCACUCUUUACAAAAUACUGUAAGAACAGUUUAGUGAGAGCCAGCUAGACCCAAUCAAUGACUGACUGAGAAAAAACCAACGGCUGACUCUGAACCAAUCAGCUGCUGAUUCUAAGCAGAACUGCUCAGCCGGCACCUUGGAACCACAGCUCUUGUGGUUCCAAGUGGCCGGGUGGAACCGGUCGCAAGUUCUAAUGCAAACAUGGUCGGCCCUAUUUUGAAACCGCUCCGUUCCUUGCAGUGUGAAAACGGCUUAAGAGUCUCCGAUGCUUUCUGCUUGGUUUUAGCUCUUCAUUUUUCUCCUUUUGAGAAAAUCCACUGACGUAUCGUAGAAAUAAAAAAAGCACAGAAGCAGCAGGUUUGAAUUUUAAAAUGUUCGGAAUUUAUUAUUUUAUGUGGAGUAAAAUGUGUUGAAAUUAAAAGCAGAUGGCAGCCAUAUUACAAUUUUAUCAAAGCAAAAAUAAAUAUAUUUAUACAUAUAUAAAUAUAUAAGAUAUAAUAUUGCUAUAUUAAGAAACGCUACCAACAUUUCAUACGGCUUUGAUGGCAUCAUCUCUGCCUCAAGGCCACAUUUUUCAGCGUGUUUUCUAUUACAUGAUUAGAAAGUCAUUACAUGUCAUUCAACUAGAGAAAAGUUUACAUUUAUACAUUUGUUUGUUUGAAUAUUAGUUUUUGUAGACACAGAAGGUUCAGUAAAUGUUUUGAUGCUCUUUUUGUGGAUCAAAAUGGUAUUAAAAUAGCUCCUAACAUUUUUUGAAUAAAUUCAAGCAUUCUCGUUUCCUCUCUCGUUAAAAGGAUCUCAUCAUCCAGAGGAAUGUGAUGCCGUCAGCCGUUAAUUAUCUGAUGGAUGAAUGUCAACAGAAAUGAUUUGUCCUGUGUUUUGAGUUUUUUAUGUUGCAAGAUGUAUUUUAUAUAUGUAUCUGUAUAUAUAAGGGAAGUUUGACGUUACUUUGUUUCUUUGUACUGUUCCUUUAGUUUGUAUUGCUGUUGUCCCAACUUCUCUCAUUUUGCAGAACUCGGAUGUGGAAUUAAAUGAAAAUGAACAAAUAAAACAAAUACGGCAGACCAGAUUAAUAUAUUGUUUAUAUUGUGCAAUUGAAUAAAGUCUACUUUUUUUACUGUG